UGCCGGUGGAGGCCGCGCUGCGAGUGAGCGCCGGGCCGGUGCUGGUGCCGGGGCCGUGGCUGCACCGCCCCCCAACCUCUCCCCUCCUUCCCUCGCUACGGAGAGGCUCCGCAACCCCGCCGGAGAUGUCUGGGGCGCGGGAGAAGAAGCGAGCCAAGAAGAUGAGGAACCAGCCGGCCAGCGUCACGCUCCCUGCAGAGCCGGGGCCCUUCGCCGGCGGCGGGAGCAGAGCCUGCCCGCCCCCAGGAGAUGUUUGUUCUGAGGAGCAGCAGCAGAAGUUUUCAAAUCAGUCAUCUGGGCCUUCUUACAGAAAAGACCAAUAUUUUUCAAAGGGGCAAAGUAGAGGAGAGAGAGGCAGAGGAAGAGGAGGAUGGCAAGGAAGAUACCAGAGUGUUUCUGAGGAAAUGCCAAAAUACAUAACAGUGUCUACCUUUGCUCAGGCUCGUGCUGCUGAGAUCAAUGCCAUGUUGAAAGCAGUUUCGCAGAAGUCUUCCAACUCUCUGGUUUUCCAGACCCUCCCUAGGCACAUGCGAAGGCGAGCAAUGAGUCACAAUAUUAAACGCCUCCCCAGGCGGCUCCAAGAGAUGGCCAGGAAAGAGGCAGAGAAAGCUGUACAUCAGAAAAAAGAACAGUCAAAGACUAAAUGCCGCAAAGCUAGAAGACGCCACAUAAAUUUGGUAGCAGAGUUUAAUCAUAGGCAAAGAAAGAAUAUUUGGCUGGAAACCCAUAUUUGGCAUGCAAAGAGAUUUCAUAUGGUAAAGAAAUGGGGAUACUGUUUAGGAAACAGCCCUACAGAGAAGAGCUACAGGGCUUGUUACCGAGCCAUGACAAAGCACUGCCUUCUUCAGGACUUAUCAUAUUAUUGUUGUCUGGAGUUGAAGGGUAAAGAGAAUGAGCUGCUGAAGCAACUUGCUCGAAUGUGUAGCAUUGACACAGGAUUGACAUUUCAAGAGGCUUGUUGUCUGUCUGGAAGAUUCGAGGGUUCCCUGUAUCUUUACCGAGCAGAUCGCUAUCCUGAGGAUAUGCUUGGUCCUGUUACAUUUAUUUGGAAACCCAGGGAUGGGUCUGAGAACAGACAGCUGUGGAUCUGGGUGCAUCCAGCUCUCAAGCAGGACAUACUGAGGGAGUUAAAAGCAAUUUUUCAAUGUACAGAGCCUGAAGAAAUGCGUAUUACUGAGCAUGUUACAACAUCAGUUCAAGAGGAAAAACAAGUGGAAGUUGUUACAAGCCUUGGCAAUAAAAGAAAGAAGGAGGAUAAAGAAGGAGAAAAAGCUGUGCCUGUGAAAAAAAUAAUUGGUGACGGCACUAGAGAUCCAUUCCAGUCCUACUCUUGGAUCGCACAGACUACUGGCAUUGCAAUCAGUGACAGAAGCAUGGAGAUUCUCAGAUACCGCCUGAUCGGCCCAUUAUCACACUCCGUCCUUACAGAGACCCUGAAAGCAGCUUCUGUCCAAACAGAGAUGGCAGGUUCAGAGACAGAACUGAAUAACUGGUGGGUAGAAAACUGCAAGGACUCUGAAAAAGUAUCUCUUCAUCAAUGUCAAAGUGCUAUCUUUGAGCUAUUGGAAGGGAUGAGCUCACCAUCAGAUAUGCCACCAGGUACAAUACUUGGCCUCACUGUUGGAGAUCCUCGAGUCAAUUUGCCAAAAAAGAAGACAAAAGCCAUGCCAGACUUUGAAAAAUACCAAGAUAAUGAUAAAGUUAGGCAGCUGUACCUGAAGGGUGUACCUGUAGACUGUGCUCACAGCUUUAUCUGGGACCAUGACAUCCGUAAGAACGUCACUGAAAAUAAAAUCUCAGAGCAGGAUUUAAACCAUAUGAGAGCUCAGUUACUGGUACCUGGAUCACACCUUGAUUUGGGUCCUUGUGAAUCUAAGAUUCCCAUACUGUUGGUGCAGCAGCCAGGGAAAAUGGCUGGAGAAGAUCGACCAGGAUGGGGAAGUGGCUGGGAUAUCUGUCUCCCAAAGGGCUGGGGCAUGGCUUUCUGGAUUCCUUUUAUAUAUCGAGGUGUACGAGUUGGUGGCUUGCAAGAGGCAUUAAAGCAUUCUGAAUACCAAAGAACACCUCACACUCCAAAUGAUUUCCCAGACUGCCAAGCAGGAAUGCAGUUUGCCAAAGAACUGGAAACCAGUCUUCUUGAAAAAUUCAAACGACGUCCACCUGCAAAAAGGGCAAAUUAUGUCAAGCUGGGCACUCUGUCUCCUUUCAUCUGUCCUUGGGGGCAGCUGACAAAGAACUGGGAAGGAAGAAUGAAAGCUUCAGGAGGAUUUUUUUGUCCUUCCUCCACACAUCCUGAGUGCUGCACAACUGAAGGGCAGACCUUUUGUGACCCCAAAGCAGAAGAGGUCAGAGAAGCUUCCCCUGAGACUGGUGAGGUAGAGGAGACCAUGGAAAUAACAAAUUCUGAAGGUGCCCCAAAGACAGAAGAUGGUACAAGCAUCCAAGAUUUUGGUGAGAGAGAAACUAAGACAAGUGACUUUAUUGUUCUCAGGAGUGAGAAACUACUAAUGCAGUUAUCAGCCUGGUGUUAUCCCACUGCUGGGAAAGAUCGGCGAAUCCGCCUUAUUUCUCGACUGGGACAGAAGGCAAUGACUGAAGAUGCUUUUUUGCCAAUGUUGAUGAGCUACCCAAGGGCUCUCGUCUGGGUUAACUUGUCACUCUUGAGAAAGGGGAACCCUGAAUUACAUGCCAUGAUCUGCAUCCCAACAGAAGAUGACUUGCUGCAUCUAAGCAAAGACAAACUCUUCUGUGGUCCACAGGAACCCAAACAUCGUGACAUAUUCAAGGACAAGGUUCAGAAGCAAAAAGAGAAGAAGAAGAAGAAAAAGGAUAAUGUGAAGUCUCUAGAGAGUGACCUUCCAGGCAUUCCAGAUGAAGAAGCAACUGAGGACCAUGAAGAUCCCAUACUUGGUCUUUGGUCAGAUGCUCUCCCAGAUGUUACUUCCCACUGCUCCAGGACUGUCUUGGGGUAUGUCACUCGAGGGGAUUUUUCAUUGGCUGCAGGCUGUGGAGAAGCACUGGGUUUUGUUAGCUUGACUGGGUUAAUUUAUAUGUUACACAACCAGCCAGCAGAUAAAAAAGGGCUUGUUUUGUUAAGGACUCCAGCAUCUCUGCAGUACAGAUUUGCAAGACUUAAUAUUGAAGUUUAAGUAUCAUUGCAGUGCAGUAGAAUGCCAAAAAUACCAAAGAAUUCUGUUUUGUAUUCUGUGGCCUUUCUGACUUGUCUCAAAUUUGAGGUUAUUCUGAGCCCAAACAGCUCUAAGAUUAUGAAAUAAUUAAAAAGCUUUUUAGCAUUAUUCAAGAAAAUAACUAAUGCAUAAACAGAUUAGAAUUACUUUUGAUGUCUGCAUUGCUAAGGAUUUUUAAGAGAUCAUUAUCAUGAUCUUCUUUAUCUCUAAAGAAGCAUAUUCUUCAUUUUUUUCUCCUCAAAGCAGUGGAUGCUAUAACAAUGUACAGGAAAUCAUCAUUUUCAUUUUAGAAGUCUUUGCUCAGAUGGACUGUAACUUUACAGUGCACUUUCACAUGUAACUGCAUGCAAUCUGAUCCAGUGUAUAUAGCGAGUGGCUUUCCUGAUUCCUCGUAUCUGAGUACAUGUGGCUGCAGUGCAGCAGAGCUGCGUAGAGAAACCUGGUACAGAAAGCUGAAUGCUUAAAUGAAAUGCAAAUAAAAUAUAGCCCAGCUAUGUAAUUUUGAAUUAUAGCAACUGGAGCUUUUAAACUGGAAGCGUAUCAGUCUGUCUCCCUAGUCUGAAACAUAAUAAGCCUUUCAGAUGCAAAUUGCUAGUGGUGGGUCAGCAUACAUUUUCUGUUAAUAAUAGGGGAUAUUUUUGUUCCUUAAAACAUGAAUUUAUUUUUGUAUGGAAUGCGUUAGAAUUGAAGGUUUCUUCAUGUUACAGUACGGUUCAUGAAUAUUGUUCAAACAAUCAUAAAACUUGUAAAAUAUGCUGGGGGUAAAGAGAGAAAGGUGUUUGAUUUGCCUGGGACAGUGUGGGUAGGUUGCUUGUGUUUGGUAUUUUGUUGGGGUUUUUUUUUAAAAAUAGCCUUAAGCAUCUAGCCAUUCCUGAGUUACGGAACUUGAAAAGGAGUUUACAGUAAUACACUGUAGUUUAGUAGCAGCAUGAUACAAAUAUAUGUCAGUUGGUAAAAUUAUCCUGAAAUGAUCAUGUACAAAUAAAAAUGUAAUGUAUUCUUGAGUCAGUAGUCUAUUGACAAAGUUUGAUUCUUAGAGAAAAUAAACAUGGAUUAGUUAA